AUGCUGAUUACGCCGGGGGCGGGGGCGGCGUCGUCCGCUGCUUCGGGGGCCGCGGUCGCGCCCUUGCCCACGGAGGAGUUCACGCAGCAGGAACUGCUCAGCUCCCAGCAGAGAUUUGUUGCGGGUGAUGUUUAUGCCCCCAAUGAUCUCACUAUGGAGGAGUUGAAUGCUAGGAGGGGCAACAGGAAGCCCGUCAGGGACGCGUUUGAUCUCGUUGGGAUUAAUCCGAUUACGCAGUAUAAGAACUAUAACCUCCUCUCGGAAUACGUCACGUCGAUGGGCCGGAUCAUGCACUCGAAGGAGACGGGGCUAAGGCCGGUAAACCAGCGGCGCAUGGCGAAGGCGAUCCGUCGCGCUGUCGGUAUCGGUUUCUUGCCCAGUGUGCACCGCCACCCUGAGGUGCUCAAGAAUCAGGAGAACAUGAUGACUGGCAGGAUGGGACGUAUGGGAGGCAUGGGAGGCAUGGGUGGCGCGAUGGGGGGGCAGGGGAGAAGGUAA